CAUAAAUCCGCUGUCAGCAUCACUUUCUUCCAGUACAUACUUUUACUGUGGUAAUUUCUUCGAUAGUGGGGUAGAAAUGUCACUCCGCACAGCUGUUUAUCGACUCUGUACUCCCUUUAGGAGUGUUUUACAGUCCUGUACUACAAAUACGAAAAGACCGUAUGCCGCGGUGAGCCAAGCGCUGUCCGUUCUGGAAAACGAGCUGGACAGUAUCCGUGCAGCGGGCACAUGGAGGGAGAGAGUGAUCACGUCCAAACAGGGUCCUAAUAUCAACGUGGUCGGCAGCAAAGGCGACAUAUUAAAUUUCUGUGCCAAUAACUACUUGGGUUUAUCCAGUCAUCCAGAGGUGGUGCAAGCGGGUAUAGAUGCCCUGCAGAAGUUUGGAGCUGGUCUUAGUUCAGUUCGCUUCAUCUGUGGCACACAGAGCCUACACAAGACCUUGGAGGAGAAACUCGCCCAGUUCCAUGAAAGAGAAGACUGUAUUCUGUACGCUAGCUGCUUUGAUGCCAAUGCUGGUUUGUUUGAGGUCCUGUUGGGUCCUGAUGAUGCCGUGUUGUCUGAUGAACUAAACCACGCCUCCAUUAUCGAUGGUAUACGAUUGUGUCGCGCCAAAAGAUUCCGCUACAAGCACAUGGACCUGAAUGAUCUGGAGGAAAAGCUGAAAGAGUCUCAGUCGUCUCGUCUGAGAUUGGUGGUCACUGAUGGGGUGUUCUCAAUGGAUGGUGAUGUGGCUCCUCUACAGGGUAUCUGUGACUUAGCUGAGCAGUAUGGAGCAUUGGUCUUCAUUGAUGAGUGUCAUGCCACUGGCUUCAUGGGCCCCCGCGGCCGAGGAACUGAUGAGCUGCUGGGGGUAAUGAACAGAGUGCACAUUGUGAAUUCCACUCUGGGAAAAGCACUCGGAGGAGCUGCUGGUGGUUACACAGUUGGACCUAAGGCUUUAAUUGACCUACUGAGGCAGCGGUCUCGUCCAUACCUUUUCUCUAACUCCCUCCCCCCUCCUGUGGUAGGCUGUGCCACCCGUGCUGUGGAACUGCUACUGGCAUCCAAUGAAAUUGCUCAGAGUAUGGCAGCCAAAACCAUGAGGUUCAGAAACAACAUGACCCAGGCAGGGUUCACCAUCUCUGGCACAGCUCAUCCAAUCUGUCCUGUGAUGCUGGGAGAUGCUCGUCUGGCUUCUUUUAUGGCUGAUGACAUGCUAAAACUGGGAGUUUAUGUAAUUGGAUUCUCCUACCCAGUUGUUCCCAAAGGAAAAGCCCGCAUUCGAGUCCAGAUCUCUGCAGCUCACACUGAUGAUGACAUUGAUCGUACCGUAGAUGCCUUCAUACAGACCGGCAGAAAGCAUGGUGUAAUUUCCUAAUUUCACAGAGAGAGAGAACUGUGACCGAAUGACAAGGGAGCAGAUGAUGGAAUGAGCUGUUAGAGUGAGGCUUAAGUUACAUAUAGCAAAAUAUAGGAUAGCUGUAUAUUUUCAACAUUAACAGAAUAAAUGUUUUUGUUUUAUGAUUCAUAGUUGCUUGUCUGAUGGUUUGUUUUAGUAGUUAGUGUCUUUUACAUCAGCUAUGCAUCAAAGCAUCUUGACUUCAUUGCAGUUGAUGCGUGCAUUUGUCUCAUUUGCAUUUUUUGCAAGUGUGAGCUUUGCAAACUGUCUAAAAGUAAAAAAUGACAAGAAAAUGCAAUUUAAUGUCUCCAUUGAUAAUUCACAUUUGGGUACUUGACAUCUCCUGUGAUGUGCAAUACUCCAACUAAA